UGUCGUUUUGCGCAUUUCUUCACAGACGCAGCAAAGCGUCUUCCAAGUAAACGUGGUUGUGAGAUCGGUAGCAAUGGAUACAGCGAAUAAUGCCACCCCGAAACCGAAGCUAAAUUUCAAUUUGGAUUAUUUCAAAACUCCCGCCGGCCAGUUAAGGGUUGCCGAAGGGGUGAUUUCUUUGGCUGCUUUAAUAAGUUCAGUUGAAGGCUACUGUGAAAAUGAUGUUGGAAGAUAUGGAUUUUUUUUAUUUAUAGUCAUUGUAUCAAUGCUAGAAUCAAUCUGCAUCAUUUGUAUUUUUGUUCUGCAACUAGAAAAGAAAAUUCCUCUCAUUCAUGUUCCAUUAACACUUCUUUUAAAUGACUGCAUCAUAAUCAUAUUUUAUUUCAUCAACUGCAUGCUUGCAAUGCUUUCCAUAGGAAGAUGUCAAACUGACCUCAUUGCUCGAGUCUUCGCAAUGCUUUUUUCAAUAGUGCUGUUUUUAAUUUUGAUUGGUUUGAACUAUACUGACUACUUAUGGUGGCAAGAGAGUGUUCCUGCAAACUCCAAAGACAAAGAUAAUGGUACAACAGUAACAGAAUCAUCGCCCACAGUUUUAACUUGAACAUUUCAAAAGAAUCGACGUGCGGCAAAUUAAAGACUCAGAUACAUUUAUCUUGAACAAAAGUAAUGCACAAUAAAAAAAAAAACGUUGCUUUUAACUGAGUAAAGAUAAAAAAUGUUGACAAGCCCAACGACACAUAAUAAACUCAAGUAACCUUUCUACAAAUAUUAAGUUGUGUAAAGAACAGAAGAAUUUAUUGAUAUUUUUGCUAUAUUAAAUUAUUUCCUACAUUUUUAAAAUGGCAGAUACAUCAUUUAAAUGGAAACUCUAUGCAUUGCAUUGAUUUAACAAACUAUUUAUUGAAUGAAAUAUUCAUACAAAUUAUGCAAUAUUUUGUGAGU